AUGCCCCCUUCCACCAAACGGCGCAAUCGGCGCAAAGAUGUCUUGCCUGAGCUGCCGGACACUGAUGCAUUGGACUCUUCGCCCACCCGACGCUCCGUGAAGAAGAGAAAGGUUGAACCAAAGCCUGAACCACAUCACGAACAGACACCAGACCCCAUCUCCGGCGACGAGAAUGAAGACUCCUCCCAUGAGAACGAAAUCUCAAGAAACCAGGAUCUGGUGGACUCUGUGAUCUCCAUCCUCGGCGUCGCGAGAGAGCCCGUCGCCGUCAUGGACGCGCACUCCAACGCCAGAACCCGACAGGAGAACCAGGAGAGCGUCAAGGCCUACGCCAAGAUCGCCGGACGCGACUGGACCUACUACGUCAAGAGCCUACACGUCACCAUCGGACGCCCGCCGGACCGCGAGCAGAAGCUCGACGCGCAGUCCAGCCCCGUCGCCGUCGCCGCCCAGUCGCUGCCGGAGGUCCAUAUCGACCUGGGUCCCAACAAGGUUGUCUCGAGGCUACACGCAGAGAUAUACUACGACGGCACCGAGGAACCCCCGUGCUGGCGUAUCCGCGUCAACGGCCGGAACGGAGCGCGCUUGAACAACGGUGUUUUGAAGCGAGGCACCAGCGCGCCGCUCAAGUGCGGCGAUGUCAUCGAGAUCGCGAACACGCAGAUGAUGUUCGUCACCCCCGGCGACAAGGCCGUCAUCCACCCGAUCUACAUGAGCAAGCUGCACGGUCUGCAGCCCGUCGAGGAGCCCGGCGCCUGGGAACCCGUCUCGCACGCCCAUCCGGAACCCGCGGCCUCCGCCCGACCCGUCCCCUUCACAGCCCACGGCCAGCAGAAGGCAAACGGCAGAAACGGAGUCUCCAAGGCGCAGCCCGUCGCGGCUGUGACGCCGUCCAAGCGUCAGGCCACCCCGGCGACCACGAGACCGAGAUCUAGAGACGUCGAUGCUACGGUUAAGCCUUCACCGUUGUACAAUCGCGGCAUGAUGAUGGAGAGCACCGAGGAGAUCGAUUACAGCAGUGAUUCGGCUAAGGAUCUGAAGCCGCCGUACAGCUAUGCUAACCUCAUCGGCCAGGCGAUCUUCUCUACCGAGGAGGAGAAGAUGUCGCUGAGUAAUAUUUAUAAGUACAUUAUGGAAAAGUAUGCUUUUUAUAGGCAUACAAAUUCGGGAUGGCAGAAUUCGAUUCGUCAUAAUCUGUCUUUGAAUAAGGCAUUCCAGAAAGUUCCCCGUCGCACGGAUGAACCGGGAAAGGGGAUGAAGUGGCAGAUUGUUCCGGAAUAUCGCGAAGAGUACUGGAAGAAGGCUCACAAGGGAAUGCAGUCGUCAGCCCCAUCUUCCCCGAUUGGAAAGGAUAGUCCGAGUUUCCAGAAAGCCAAUGGCCAAGGUAGCUUUGAAAAGCGUAUGGAAAACCCUCAAUCCACCACGAAGCCUCGACAGACAGGCUCCCCCGCGUAUCACACCUUCUCCGUCGCCCCAGUUGAGGCGUACACUCCCGAUCGCGGCUCCAGGGCCGGCCGCAGCCUUGACGCCCACAACCCCGCCGAGACCCCCAUGCCGUCCCGUCCGCGCAACGGCGAGGGAUCCCGCGCAUACGGGCUCUCCGACAACGUCGCCGGAUCCCCUCCAGCCCUGUCGUCAUCGUACUACGACGACGCAGCCUCGUCCAUGAUAACCCCAGCACCACUCCGCCAACAGCCUCGCCUCGCACCGCCAAGCACCGCCCAGAUCCCGUCCAAGUUCAUGCCCAUGAGCUCCCCCGCGCAGUUCUGGAAGUUCGCGGAUAUCGGCAGCACCCCGGCGAAACCGAACGAUAUCAGCCCGUUGAAAGCCGCUGGAGGCGGAGGCGGAGGCGAUGUGGGUCGUUGGGACGGUGGGAAUGCGAUUCCGAGCAGUAGUCCACCGCCACCUAAUCUUGGCAGCCCGAGUAAGGUUGGUGGUGGACCUUCGAGGACUCGUGGGAGGAUUAUCACUCCUGGAACGAGUGGGAAGGAGAAGCGGAGGUGGGAGGAUGACGAUGAUGAGGACGGGAAUGAAGCGGAAGGGUUUGAUCUUGCGAGGGGCUUCCAACCCAUCGGGUCUUAUCAUCGCCAGUUAAACAAUGCGGCCAGAGCGAGUGCCAGUGCAUCGACUUCUUAAAAGAAGGGGGCGGGUUUUUCGCUUUUGCUUUUGGGCUUUGGACAAAAUCCAGGCCUAAAGUUAAGCUACGAAUCGCCCGUCACCACCGUCCCUCCGCCGUUUUUCGAAUUUUUUUUUUUUUUUUUCCCUGUUUGGAGGAUUACUCUUGCUUUCGCCGAUAUGAUACGAUUAUUCCACCCAAUAUUUCGCCAAAUUCCUUAACACCUUUGCUUGAUUCGACGAUGGCACGCAUAUUGCUCUGACCACUUCCCCCCCUUCGACCAGAAUCUAGAUUGCUUUUUUCUUUCCAUUUUUCUUUUCCGUUUUCUUCCUGGCGAAACCUCUGGGAAAACGGGAGAGAAAUUUACUUUACUCUUCUGUAUUUGCGCCAUUUUCUUUUUCUUUCUUUUUCUUCCCUUCUUGCUGUUAUUUCAUCUUAUUUUUACAUUACUACUCUUUUUAAUGCCUUAUUUAGCUUUCUUACUUUCUUCGAUUCUUUCUUUCCCCCCGACUCUUUUCUUUUUUCCUCCCGAAAAGCCUCGCGAGGUCCCCCGUCGGCUUGUAUCAUAUGUCUGUCAUGCCUUGAAUCUCCAUGUAUGCGCCGGUUUUCCUUACUGGGGGACGCUGCCCAAAAAAAUAAAAAUAAAAAUAAAAAUGAAAAAAAAAGGGAAAAGGAAAAACAAAUGAAAAAAAGGUAGAAGAAGAGCGAGUGAAAGAGUAAAGAAAAGAGAAAGAGAAGGGGGAAAUUUUACGAUUCCAAGGAAGAUACUAACGAAUCGGCUACUCCCUCUAUG